AUCUAAACAUGAUAGAACAGAACAUAAACAUUAAAACUAUACACAUAUUAGAACGGAACAUAUAGAUAAAGUAUAAACAGAGAGCAUACAUAACAAAAGCCUAGUAGAACAUAUACAUAAUAAAAUCUUUAAAAAAAACAAAACAAUAUAUAAACAAUAUAUCAAAAUAACAGGACUUAUACAUAAUAAACUUAUAAGACAUUACAAUUCUAUAAGACAUAAAGAUAACUUAAGUCUGAAACAUAAUAAUCGGCGCUUGUAGUGGGGACCCCACUGUAUCCGGAUAGGGACUGGUCCAAUGUAUCGCCUGCAGCAGGUGUGAUACCCGCAGCCCCUCCUGGUGCCAGCUGCGCCCGUCCUAGGUAUCAUCAUCGCCCGGGCAGGAGGCUGGUGGCUGUGAAGCGCCACCUCCCUCCCCUGUCACCCAGGAGGAAGCACCGGCUGCACCUCCCCUCUCCUCCUCCUCUCCUCUCCUCCAGCCCUGUGCCUGCCUGCUUGCCCGGCUGUCAGUGAUCAGUCAGGUGCCAGCCCGCAGCAGAGGUGCCCACCAGCAGCAUCACCCUCCUCGGUAACCAGGAUGGCAGAGCAGAGCGACUCCCCGGUGCACAGCCAGCCCCCAGCACAGCCCAUCGGGUGGCCCAUCUGCAGGGACAGCUACGAGCUCCAGGAGGUCAUUGGAAGUGGUGCCACAGCAGUGGUUCAAGCAGCACUAUGCAAACCCAGACAAGAGCGGGUCGCCAUAAAGAGAAUAAACUUAGAGAAGUGCCAGACAAGCAUGGACGAGCUACUUAAAGAAAUACAAGCCAUGAGUCAGUGCAGUCACCCCAAUGUCGUUACAUAUUAUACCUCGUUUGUGGUGAAGGAGGAGCUAUGGCUGGUGAUGAAGUUAUUAAGUGGAGGUUCCAUGUUGGAUAUUAUAAAACACGUGGUCGGCAGAGGUGAACAUAAGAAUGGCGUGCUAGAUGAACCAAUUAUCGCUACUAUACUUAAAGAAGUCUUAGAAGGAUUAGACUAUCUACACAGGAACGGACAGAUUCAUAGGGACCUAAAGGCUGGAAACAUCCUUUUGGGAGAAGAUGGAUCCGUACAGAUAGCAGAUUUUGGCGUUAGUUCAUUUUUAGCUACAGGUGGUGACAUGACAAGGAAUAAAGUAAGGAAAACAUUUGUAGGCACCCCCUGCUGGAUGGCUCCGGAAGUUAUGGAACAGGUCAGAGGUUAUGACUUCAAGGCUGAUAUAUGGAGUUUUGGAAUUACAGCUAUUGAACUAGCUACGGGUUCAGCUCCUUAUCACAAGUAUCCUCCAAUGAAGGUUUUAAUGUUGACCUUACAGAACGACCCUCCUACUUUAGAAACUGGAAUAGAAGAUAAGGAGAUGAUGAGAAAAUACGGGAAAUCUUUUAGGAAACUUAUUUCACUUUGUCUCCAGAAAGACCCAUCAAAGAGGCCAACGGCAGCUGAACUCCUAAAAUGUAAAUUUUUCCAAAAAGCAAAGAACAGGGAAUAUCUAAUAGAAAAACUACUCACCAGAACACCAAAUAUCUCUCAGAGAGGAAAAAAGGUUAGAAGAGUUCCUGGCUCAAGUGGUCACCUCCAUAAAACAGAAGAUGGAGACUGGGAAUGGAGUGAUGAUGAAUUGGAUGAAAAAAGUCCUGAAUAUAAGGAUUUGUUAUCCAAAGAGAAGCCAAGAAGAAUUAAUGAUGACAAUGAAAACGAGACUUCCACAGACAGCAAUACACAGACAAGAUUGCAAAACCUGAAUCUACAGGAUACUCAGGCACAAUCCAAUGAAAGCCAUCCAGACAAUAGACCUUCAUCUGCUAUUAACCUUGUUCUAAGAUUAAGAAAUUCCAGAAAAGAACUCAAUGAUAUACGGUUUGAGUUUACUCCUGGCAGGGAUACGGCAGAUGGUGUUUCGCAGGAGCUCUUCUCGGCAGGCCUUGUGGACGGUCAUGAUGUAGUUAUAGUUGCUGCUAAUCUGCAGAAGAUGAUAGAGGAUCAAGCAACGUAUAAAACAGUAACAUUUAAGUUGGCGUCCGGUUGUGAUGCGACAGAAAUUCCCGAUGAAGUCAAGCUGAUUGGUUUCGCCCAGUUAAGCAUCACUUGAUUAAGUGCAAUUUGGCCCCUUCCAGAUUACCAUCCUUUUUUGGCUAUUCUAGGAGGAGAAAGUAAAAAAAGGGGAUAAAAUAGUAACAUAAAAUGAUUUCCUUCAAAUCUAGAAAUUCACGAUGUUCACAAGAUGAAAUCACGACUGUAAUCGCUGCUGCUACCCAAAAAGAGAAUAACCAAGGCCACCGAGCAAUCAAACUUACCAUCUCCCUGUACAAAGCAAGAAAGGAACAAAACACAUUUUAAAGAUAACAGCUCUAUUUAUUGGUUACGUGUCAUUUUCUACAGGAUGUCUAUGGCGCCUCUCACUGUAUAUUCUAUAUUUUGAUUGUAUGUUGAUUAAUGUUGAUUAAUAAGACUGCCUAUUUUCUGUAUUAUUUUAAAACUAAUAUUCCAGAAAAAGAAAAAAACAUAAAGAAAAAAAAAAAAAAAAGAAAAAACCUUAAAACAAAAAAAAAAGAUUUAUUAGCCAAACUUGAAUCCCAGUUGUAUAAAGGACUGUGAAGUUUAUUUUCAUAUAUUUAUGGAUUGCACACCCAGUAGAUACUUGGUUAUGUUGUUAUGCUUAUUGCAGCUAAACUAUUGUAUAAUCUUCAUGUCUGAAAUGUCAAUGUAGGGGGGUGGGGUCUGCAGAUUUGAAAAAAAAAUGGCUGACUUCUUGAAAAAAAAGUGCCACGCCUGCACAAAGCUGCAAAACCGGGCAGCUGGGGUACUUUUUCAAGACAAAAACUCCUAUGAUUUUCCAGUCCUUUUAAACUCCUUUAAAGGGGUUCUUCGGGAAGUCAACUCAUGUCCUCACCACAGGACAAAUGUCUGAUGGCGGGGGUCUGACUGCGUGGACUCGCCAGCUACUCCCCUGUCCUCAAAGCACUCUGGUCCCCACCUCAGAGACAUGUGGGUGUGACUGCCUGAAGACGGGACCCCCGUGACUGAGAUGUAACCCCAAUCACCAUCUGAGUCGGGGCCCCGUGCCUGAGACUUAACCGCCAUGUUGGACUACUCAGCCAAUCAUCAACUGAGAUGGGACCCUUUUGACUAAGACGGAACCCCUGUGUCAGCCCAUUCAGCCAAUUACCUGUUGAGAUCGGCAUUGCGUGACUGAGACGGAACCCCUUUGAUGGCCAGUAACUGCAUAAGAAGGACCCCUGUCUCAGCCAGUGAUUGUGGUCGUCUCGUCUCCGAGGGGGGGCAUAGUGCUCCAAGGACGGGUGAGUUGCUUGGCCCCUUACAGUAGAUCGCAGGGGCUCCCAGCAGCCAGAUCCCCCAGGAUCAGACACUUUUCCCCUAUCCUGUUGAUCAGGCAUAAGUUGACUUCCCCGGAGCUCCCCUUUUAGUCUCUAGUCCGACAUCAGCUUGAAUUGUAGGCAAUUUGAAUGCGACAAACUAGAUUUUACUAUUCCCCUUAUAUUGGCGAAGUACGUGCUUCAAACUAUAGGAUAUCCUGAUAUUAUGGUCUAGUACUGAAUGUAGACAUAGUCCGCAUGCACGUGCUGAAUUGGUGUGCUGCAGAGUUCCUACUGCUCAAUAUCACCGCCAUAUGGUGCCAUCAUACAGCACCAUGUUACAGAUUAUUUCUGUGAUACAAUAUAUAAUAGAAAAAGCUACCAUUUGGUAUCUGUUAGGUUCAAAUUAAAUUCAACAGAAAAAAACAGUAUGCCUCAAUAUUUUGUUUUUGGAAAACUACUUGAUAGUUUCAUACUAAUAAUUAUGUACACACUGUAGAUUCGGAAGGGCCAGGAUAUCCUUGACAGUGGACUAGUGCUCAGUAGAGUAGUCUUCAUGAACGUCCGGGUCUGUUGGUGUAAUGCAUUGCACCCAUUGCUCCUUAGGUAGUAGCCCAUAUAUACAAAGCUGUGCUAAGCAUGUGACACAUAUAAGGUGCCUUAUCUCUUAGCACUGCCUGGUAAAUAUGAGUUGGAGUGUCUACAAGGGCACAAUGCACAUGGUAGGUGCCUAGAAGACAUUGCAGCUUGAGAAUGUGCCCAGAGCUGCCUUACUGGAUCCUUUAUUGCAAAUAUUAGAGUUUUUCUAAGUGAUCACUCAGGAGCAGAAAAUCACAGAUAUUAUGGGGUUAUAAACAGCCAUAAUGAUCACCCAAUAUCUUUUGCACUAGCGUUAGCCUAAAGCAGUGUUUUCCAAUCAGUGUAUCACUAGCGGUUACAAAACUACAGCUCCUAACAUGCACAGAGUUGUAGGUUUGCAACCGCUGGAGGGACUCUGGUUGGGAAACACUGACCUAUAGGGUCUAAAAAAGAGAAAAAUGGGAACAUGGUCUAAAGAGGGUACAGAUGCGUUAACCUUUUCUUGUACUUUAAUUAUGUUGUCAAUAUAGAUUUACAUAUA